AUGGCCCAAGCUGAAUCAAUCAGCACGUUACGGCGGAGACGAGGCGUCCUAGCCCGUCGACUUGCAACCAUAAGGCGCGAACUCGAUGAGUACGAAGCGUCUGGGAAGGCAAACAGAAUCUUCCUAGCAUCUUGCCGCAGCUCGUUCGAUGAGCUUUGGAGGAGGAUACUCGAGGUUCAAGAAGAGUUAGGUGUGGUAGAUGAGGGGGAAGAUGCGCGGGUAGAUUCGUUAUCGCAAGAGCAUCGGGAGCUUGACAUGCGGUUCCGAGAGCUCUUUGAGCAAAUAUCAGCAACAACCCCGUCGACUACAACAAGAGGUGAGACGUGCCGGAAACCAGAGCCGACCACCGUUCCAGAGGUCCGCGUGCCCCAAUUCGACGGUGCCCUCGAGAAUUGGACCUAUUUCUACGACACGUUCACAUCCAUAGUGGACCUUAACGAAGGUUUGACGAAUGUCCAAAAGUUCCAGCAUCUACGCUCAUCUAUAACUGGACGGGCCGCACAGAGUAUCCAGUCAUUAGAACUCACAGAGGCCAACUAUUCCAUCGCGCUUGAUACACUGAAGGACAAGUUCAAUUGCCCCCUCCAAAUCUGCAUGCGCCAUUGGAAUCUGAUGCGUAAUUAUCCGGAAAUCAAAAGGGAAACUCCAGAGGCCCUAGAGGAUUUGUUGGAAACCAUCAGCGUAAAUCUAAAGGCGCUCGAACAUCUAAAGGAGCCCGUCACUUCAAACAUAGCGAUGAUCGAAUUGAUCGCGUCGAAGUUGCCCGCGUCCAGCCUGCGUAAAUGGCAACGCACACUGCCCCGCCAAAAGGUGCCAUCCUAUCAGCAUCUGAUAGACUUUCUCAAAACACGGGCGAACGGGACUCAAUUCCUCUCUAAAGAGAAGGAAUCAAAAGGGUCAACACACAAACACCGCAGUCAGCGAACAACCAUACCGCAUGGGCGAACCCUUGCUACAACCAGCAGAACGGUGGUGUGUCCGACCUGCAACGGACAUCACGAGAUCAGACACUGCAAAAUAUUCAAGGCCAAAUCAGCGACCAAACGUUUUCAAAUCGUGAAGAAGGCAUCGUUGUGCAUAAAUUGCCUACUUACUAAUUACUAA